UGUCGCACAAAUAUUGCGUCACUGGUCACGCUCAGUCUGACGUCGUACCUACAGAAUCAGAAAUAAAAAUAACAUUUCCGCUGCAUUUCUUCAAAUUUAUCAAUAUACUUGAAAAUACAGCUUGUUCGGCGUAAGAAGACAACGUUUUAAGGACUGUCCGCUGUAUCGAUGAAGCCUCUUAGAGACGCUGAACUGGGCGCUUUCACCUUCUUUGCCUCAUCUCUCCCUCAUGAUGUCUGUGGCAGCAAUGGUCUCCCCCUCACGCCAAACUCCAUCAAAAUCCUGGGGCGUUUCCAGAUCCUAAAGACCGUCACUCACCCCAGACUGUGCCAGUAUGUGGAUAUUACCAGAGGGAAACAUGAACGGCUGAUUGUUGUUGCAGAGCACUAUUCAAGAAAUGUAGGUGAUUUCAGACAAGGACAAACGGCAACUCCAGAGAAGGUGCUGCAAAUAGCCUAUGAGGUUCUUGAAGCUCUGCAGUUCAUGAACAAACAUGGCUUGGUUCAUAGAGCCCUCAGCCCAAACAAUGUGCUCACGGAUUGCAAGGGUAAUGUUAAACUGGCAAAGUUUGGGCUCUAUCAUAUGACUGAUCAUGGGGCAGAUGUUGAUUUUCCCAUCGGACACCCAUCAUACCUUGCUCCAGAGGUGAUCGCCCUGGGCUCCUUCCACCCCACUGAUCCGUCACAUGAUGAAGCGCCAAAGCCCUCAGGACCCAAGACCGAUGUCUGGUCGCUUGGAAUCAUACUCUUUGAACUAUGUGCAGGAAGAAGAAUCUUGCAGAACAUUGAAAUAAGUGAAAAACUGAAAUUCAUUUUAACCUUAGGCUGCAUGGAUGACAUUGUCACUGUCCUUGCUGAGGAACACGGAUGUUUGGAAGUUAUUAAGGAGCUGCCUGAGAAUGUUGUUGAGCUAUUAAGGAAAUGUUUGACCUUUCUUCCAUCUAAAAGGCCAACCCCUGCUGAGCUCCUUGGAGACCCUGUUUUUGAUGGCAUUUCCUGCCACUACACCCCUUUCCAGAAGCCUGUCAGUUUGUUCUCGUCUUCCCUGCGCUGUGCACACCUAGAGCUCCCAGAUGACAUCAGCGAGCUUUGCAAAGAUGACGAUGACGACUACCUGUCAGAGAGGGGCAUCGAUGAGGUUUACCAUCUAUGGUGCCUUGCUGGUGGAGACCUGGAGAAAGAAUUAACCAACAAGGAAAUCAUCCAAUCCAAACCUCCAGUCUGCACAUUGCCAAAGUUUGUCUUAGAAGAUGGGGAAUGGUUUGGCCAAGGGAGAGAUCGAAGCUUUCUACUUGAUGACACCACAGUGACGCUGUCUUUAUGCCAGCUUAGAAAUAGACUGAAGGAUGUCGCUGGAGAAGCGUAUUACCCUCUACUAGAAGACGAGCAGGCGAGUUUGCCGCAGUCUAACAGCAGCAAUGAGCUGUCGUCCACUGUCACGCUGCCACUCAUCAUCCGCGAGAGGGACACAGAGUACCAGCUCAUCCGCAUCAUCCUGUUUGACAGGCUGCUGAAGGGCUAUCCAUAUAAGAAGAACCUUGUGUGGAAAGAGGCCAGAUUGGAUAUUCCUCCUUUGGUUAGAGGUCUGGCUUGGGCAGCCUUGCUUGGCAUUGAGGGUGACAUUCAAGCAAAGUAUGACAGCAUCGACAAGGACACUCCCAUACCAACUGACAGACAGAUCGAGGUAGACAUCCCACGUUGCCACCAAUACGAUGAGCUUCUGUCAUCUCCUCAGGGUCAUAUUAAGUUCAGGCGUGUGUUAAAAGCCUGGGUGGUCUCCCACCCUGACCUGGUGUACUGGCAGGGUUUGGAUUCGCUUUGUGCUCCUUUCCUGUAUUUGAAUUUCAAUAAUGAAGCAUUAGCAUAUGCCUGCAUGUCUGCCUUCAUUCCAAAGUACUUGUACAAUUUCUUCCUGAAGGACAACUCUCAUGUCAUCCAAGAAUACUUGACUGUUUUCUCCCAGAUGAUUGCUUUCCAUGACCCAGAGCUAAGCAACCACCUAAAUGAGAUUGGCUUCAUUCCAGAUCUUUAUGCUAUCCCCUGGUUCCUCACAAUGUUUACACAUGUAUUUCCUCUGCACAAAAUCUUCCACCUGUGGGACACAUUGCUGCUAGGAAGCUCUUCAUUCCCUUUUUGUAUUGGCGUCGCCAUACUGCAGCAGCUCAGGGACCGUCUGCUGGCUAAUGGCUUCAAUGAAUGCAUCCUACUCUUCUCUGACCUGCCAGAAAUUGAUAUUGAGCGCUGUGUUCGUGAAUCUAUCAACCUCUUCUGCUGGACUCCAAAGAGCGCCACCUACCGACAGUAUGCUCAGCCCAUGAAAGCUGGAGGUGAAGGAAUCUUUGGGAAAACGGCAACAUAUUCCUCAUCUGACUACCAAGACAUGCCAAAGACUGACCUGUCCCGAGAGCCUCUGGCGCUGUGUGACCUGAAAGCUGAAGUGUCUCCCAGAAUCUCAGCUGAGGAUUUAAUCGACCUCUGUGAACUCUCACUCGCUGGACCCUCCAAGAGACAUAAAAGCAGCAAGCCGAAAAUUGUUGCUGUCGACAUUCGAAAUGUGGAAGACUUUGGUAGGGGACAUAUUUCUGGCAGCAUCAACAUUCCCUUUAACAGCGUGUUCGGUCCUGAUGGUGAACUAGUGCAGUGUCCUGCUGCAGGAGUUCUCCAGAACUACAAAGGGCGGGUCAUUGUGAUCAUCAGCCAUGCUAUAAAGAGUGCUGCUUUGUUUUCCGCACAUCUGGUUAAAGUGAAUGUUUCACGUGUUUGCAUUUUGGAUGGAGGAAUCAGCAAGCUGAAGCCCACAGGACUCCUCACUGUCCCUUCCCCUCAGAUCUGAACCACUGACCAACUUCACAUGAAUAGAACAAACAAAAGGACUAAAUACAUUUCAUGAUGAAAUUAAGGAAAUGUUAGUUAACAAAAUUCAUGGGAUAAUUUUUCAAUAUGUCAGUUUUAAUGUGAUUUCAUUUAGAAUUUACUGGACUAUUGAACUUUUUCUGAUAUUUUGUUUGUAGAAAAAUAUUUCUGCUAAUUAUUUUCAUUGCAAAGUUAACCUAUGGCCAGUGUAUUUGUUUGAGAUUCAAUAAAAUAAUGAUUAAUUCAUCUUUUUUAAACAAA